AGCGGGUCGGACCCGAGCGGCUCCGGCUCUGCCCCGUUGCCGCCGCUGGGCGCUGUCACCGCGGAGCCCCCCCGGGGAGGCUGCUCCGGGCGUGCGAGCGAAUAAAGCAGACGUCCCUGCGGCGAGGCGUUUCACUGGGAACUCUUUAAAGCAGAAGGAAACGCAGCGCAGCCGCCGCCGCUGAUCUGCUCGGCUGCCGCUUUAGCAGCUGCCCGUCCCGUCCCGUCCCGUCCGCGAGAAGCCGCCGGGGGCCGGUGACCGGCGGCGGCUGCUCCGAGAUGCCCGAGCUCCUGUCCUGACAGCCACCCCCCCCCCAGCGCCAUCAUCGAGGCAUGCCUUUCAAAACAAGGGCACUCCUUUCUGGUGACCUGUCUUCAGUUCCUCACUUCUUGUCCACCAGAGUAGGAUCCAGUCUGCAAUACCCUGAAACUGGUAUUUUCCCAUGGACCUCGCUGGACUUUGCUGCAUCCUUGACCCUUGCAAGGCUGGCUUGGGCAGGUGUAAAUAGCCCUGCUGAUUCACAGCCCAAUCAAGAUGACGACAGCCGCACCACUGAUCAAUAAUACUCAGUUCUCAUUAAAUGUGACCACAAAGUCUCAAGAACAAAGUCUUUAUCAAAGUUCUGGAGCAAUAGUUGCUGCCAUCGUAGUAGGAGUAAUUAUUAUUUUUACAGUGGUUCUGCUCAUACUGAAAACGUAUAACAGACACAUGAGAGUGAAGCGGGAGCUGGAACCCAAGAGCACCAAAACAGCAAUGCCACCUGCUUUAGGGCAGAACAGCGACAGCGUUAUUCAGCAUCCUGCAGUGACUUUCAUACCUGUGGACAUCCACAUGCAGAGCAGACAACUGUGAACAUGUGUCCUCCUGUGAGAGAAAAGACCUGGAGUUCUUAUUAACGUGGACCUGGGCCUCACAGCAAAGUGACACCGCACUGGGAACGGUGAUAGCUGUUAUCUUGUCUAUAGGUUGUAAUUAGCCCUGCCUUCUCUCUUUGGGAGGAGAACUAAACAAUCUGAACACUUUCUGUAUGAUGAAAAUCAACUGGUGAAGGCAUACAGACCAUGAGAAAUGCAAUGAGCCUUCUUACAGAGCUCUGGGUGCAGAAAGACAAAAUAGGCCAAGCCUAUUAGUUGGAAGAAAUGGUGCAAACUCGUGUUUUGUGGAGCUUUUGCUUACUCAGAAUUCGAACUUUUUCUAUUCUGCAAUGACUGAUGAUAAAUGGAAGAAAAAUUUGGACAUGCAAGCUGCAACUCAGGUUGAACCUGGGUUUGUUAAGAUUUAUGUGAAACAGGUUUGUAGCCUAUUUUAUACAUGAUGGAUAGUAUGGGAAGUAGCAAAACUGUAAGUAGCAAAAUUGUAUUUAUCUUUAGUCAUCUUUUGUGUUUCUAAUACCGCAUAUGUAUGGUUUUAGACAGGAAAGUUACUUUUUAUUUUCAAGUAUUUUUGAAACAUUUCUAUAAACUUGGUAACUUGUCUGUUUCCAAA